CUGACGUAUACUUGGCCUCCCGGAGUCGUCAUGCAGUAAAUUUCGGCUCGCAUUACGCAUGAUUGACGCGUUGCUUUUGCUUAGGGGUGCACUUAUUACUGGGCACACAUUGGCCAAAUCUUUUAAUAAAAACUAAAAAAUAGAUCGACGACAAAUCCAGCAUGACAAAAGGGCCAAUUGUGUAUCUGACAAGAAAGGAAGUGAUUUCGGCAUGCCAUCGAUUGCAUAGCCCGCACUUAACGGACUCAGAAAAUGUAGAAAUUUACGGAAAGUGUAACAAUUUUUGGGGACAUGGACACAAUUAUACCGAAGUCACGGUAAAGGGCCCUAUGAACCUGGAAACUGGAAUGGUCAUGAACAUUGCCGAGUUGAAGACUUACGUAAAAAACGUGCUUAUGGACCAGCUUGACCACAAAAAUUUGGACAAGGAUGUUCCUUACUUUGAAAAUGUUGUAUCAACCACGGAAAACGUAGCGAUUUUUAUUUUCCAAGAACUGAGAAAGUUAAUUCCCAAUCCAGAUCUAUUGUACGAGGUGAAAAUUUACGAGACUGAUAAAAACAUCGUUAUCUAUAGGGGCGAAUGAUUGAUUGAUUAUGAGAGUAAUUGCACAAGCUGUAUAUCUACAUGGAUCCAUUAAUAAUGUAAUAACUAUGAUCAUGGGUGAAUAUGAUAAAACUCGCGAUGGUGCAAAUAAAUGAUGCAUUCCAAA